CCGGGAUUCAUCGUUUUUCGACAUUUUCCGUGGCGCUCUUGAGAGGAUACCAUCCAAUUCAAGCGGAUUUUUUUCAGUCCUUGCAGAUACCAACUCCCGAGUUUCAAAUUUCCAACCUCAGUCACUCAAGAUCGGCGAGAAAAUACCUAAAAAGCUUUUCAAUCCCAUUUACCAAAUCAAAACAUUUGAUGUAAACGUUAUGGAUCCGCCCGCAGAUUGGCAUCAAUUGCAAUCCGCAUUUCGACUCUUAUCUUACGGCUCUCCUUUUUGGCGUGUGUAUGCUGAUGAGGGCAAGGAAACAGGACUUACCGACAGAGACAUCAUCAAAGGCUUGUCCGAACACGCUCUCCAAAAGCUUCUAUCCACGGAUUGCAAACCCGACACCUUGACCAAUGCACAAGCAAUGGCAUUGCUUGGGUCAACCAUACAGCCACGGCUGAACAGAGCUUCAGAUCUCGAGGCCAAGCUUGUUUCAAGCCAUGCAUCGACAUGCAUGAACAUCAGCACCCCCCAACUCAUACUCACUAGUCAAUAUCCCUCCCAAUUCACCCUUUCUUCGGCAGCCAAUCAGUACCUGGCAUCUGAUGAAGCCAGUCUAAUCCGAUGCAUUCAAGUCCUUGCCUCUAUUAACCGCCAAAGUUUAAUUGGUCCAGGUGAUGUCGGUGAACUAGUCAGUCGCAUCAUUCUACUCCGGGCCAUGCAAAAAACCAUGCAGAAGACCCAACCAGCUGCAGACACAGAGACCCAUUCAGAGAACAUCAUGAUGCCAUUUGGGCAUUCAGUUCGGUUGGUAGACUUCUUGCAGACCUUAACUGGCUGGAACAAAAACGACUUGAAACUAGGUUCAAUCGACAAAGAAAAUCAAGAGGAACUUUUGACUCGAGGACAGGUCUUCUGGAAUCACUUCAUUUCCAUCGAUCACACACCAACAUCAGCCGGUCUGUUACGAAAAUUAUAUAGAGGAUUGGCGGUCCAUUGCAAACCCAAUCAGGCUUCGUUUGAUCAACUUUUUACAAUUUACCUUCAAUCCAGUCCCACGGAAGCGCUGGACGAGAGGAAUGUCACAUUUUGUGGUAUCCAAGUCAAAAAUCUAAAGCAAAACGAUAACAUAAAAGAACAAGCCUCAAAGUGGACGCCAAAAGAUGCAAAAAUGAAGCUUCAAGGAAGAAACCCCUAUCUCGUCCUGUACUUCUGUCUGAAUGACUUCAGACCAAAGAAACCCAGGUUGCACCCGAAGAAACUGAAAUCCACUAGCUCUGCCACAUCCAUAACACUAGAAACACCAACACCACUGCCUAAAAUUACCCACAUACCUGACGGGAAGCUUUCAAAGGAAGAGGCACGUCGACGGGCAUCUCUGGCUUUCUACGGUUUAGAUGCUUUUCCUUUUCUGAGUGAAAAACUUGUUGCUGUUUUGAAAGAAUUAUUGGAUUCUGAUCCACCUGUCUUACAGCUUCCUGAGAACCCAUCUGAACUUGAUUGUGAAUAUGUAUAUGGAGCUUCUCCAGAAGUGUUUUCUCUUGACAAAGCAGAUUAAAGAAG